AUGUUCGCUGCUGUGACGGGUCUUGUUUAUUUUCUCAGCAAUUCUCUCGCAAUUGAGAACUACUUUGGGUGUUUCUUCUCGCUGCCAAUUGUGAUAUCUUCAAUAAGAUGGAAUAUUGCUGGUGGAAGGAAGACAAUGGUUGCUACUGUCAUGCUCUUGUUCAUAUUAUCAGGUCCGGUCAAAGCAUUAACUUACUUUCUUACUCAUGGUCUUGUGGGGCUUGCGAUGGGAUCAUUGUGGAGGCUAGGGGCCAGCUGGCGUCUCUCAAUUUUCUUGUGCACAAUGGUCCGAGCAUUGGGUCUCAUAGGCUAUGUUCUGACAUCAUCCUUCUUAAUAAGAGAAAACAUUCUGGCUGUGAUUACAAUUAAUAUCCAUGCCUCUCUCUCUUAUGUUUUCACCGCCAUGGGCCUCAACAUAAUGCCUUCAAUGAGCCUCAUUUAUAUGAUAUUUGGAACAGUGCUAUUGCUAAACAGUGGAUUCUUUGUGCUGUUGCUGCAUCUCCUAUACUCGAUCUUCCUCACAAGACUCGGAAUGAAAGCUUCGUUGAGAUUACCAGCUUGCUCCAUUGGAGAAUCCAAACAUGGUCAGAGCAAUUCUGGUGGAGCGGAUAUGUGA